UGAGGCUGCACCACCCCUUCAUUUCCCCACAGUCAACAGGAAGACCGAAGGCCAAAGUGAGUGGCUGCACUCUCCAGGAGAGGAAGGGCGCAGAGAUCCUGCUGUACAGUCGAGAACAAAAGGAAGCAGAAAAGGCAAAGGAAUGAGCAAGACUCAGAAAGAAGUGAAGAAAAUCCAGUCAGUUUAUCUGCAAAACUUGGAGAAACUGAAUCAAGGGAAAAGGCCUGACAUGAAGAGCUGGAAACCUAACGAAGGAGACUUCACCGUGUCAACAGCCAUGGAAAAACUCCGACAGCCUCCAACAGCUGCGCAAGUUGCCAAAAGCUCUGCAAACAGAAUCAGCAGAGAUCUGACCUGCUCCAUCUGCCUGGACCUUUUCAAGCAGCCCGUCUCUUUGCCCUGCGAUCACACCUUCUGCAGAGGUUGCAUCGAGGGCUACUGGGAACGGCCGAGGAGUCCCAGCCAAGGAGCCUCCGGCUCCUGCCCUCAGUGCAGGAAGAUGUACCCGGGCCAGUGCUACAGGCCCAAUCGCAUCGUUGCCAACAUAGUGGAGAGUUACUGUCACGGUCUGGAGGAGAGCGGCACUGGAGCCUGCCUGGCAGAUGUGGAGGUGGCAGAGAGGGCUCCUGCACCGGUGCGCCCACGCUGCAGCCGGCACAGGGAGGAGCUGAAGCUGUACUGUGAGGAAGACCAGGAGCUGGUGUGUCUGGUGUGUGGUCUGUCCCAGGAGCACCGGAAUCACAGCAUGGUGUGUGUCCAGGAUGCUGACAGAAAGUACAGGGCGUCUCUGAACAGCUCCAUGGAUUCCUUAAAAGCCGAACUCAACACAGCUUUGCAGUGUGACAGAGAAGCUGAAGAGGAGGUUAAAAAGCUCAAAGAUCACACGGCGGAUCUGAAGCAGCGCAUCGAAGCCCAGUUCAGUGACCUUCACCAGUUUCUGUACCAAGAAGAGAAGCUGCUGCAGGUGAAGCUGAAGACCGAGGAGCGAAGGGAGCUGAUCCGCCUGGACGAGCACAAGGCCCUGCUGUGCGUGGAGAUCUCCCGCCUGCAGAGAGCCGUCCACGAGAUCGAGGACAAACUGAAAGAGCAGGACCCGUUCACCCUGCUCCGAGGCAUCAAAGCUGUGCUCCAGAGGCCUUCCCUGAAGUUUGAGAAACCUGUUUUCAUACCACCCAGUCUGUGUGAGGGUCGCUUUGCAGGCCCUCUGCAAUACAGAGUGUGGAAAUCCAUGAAGGGAAGCAUAUAUCCAGCUCCAGCUGCGAUCACGUUUAACUCCAGCACAGCCAACCCCUGGCUCAGCCUGACCUCGUCCCUCACCUGCGUUCGCUACCAGACCUUCAACCACGCCGUGCAGGACAACCCCAACCGCUUCAACGCCGCCCUGUCCCUGCUGGGAAGCCAGAGCUUCACUCACGGCCGCCACUACUGGGAGAUUGAAGUCUACAGCAGCACCGUCUGGACGGUCGGGGUGGCUCGGGAGUCAGUGCCCAGGAAGGGGGUCAUCAAAGCUCUCCCGGCGAACGGCUUUUGGACUCUCUCCCUGUCUUACGGGGUUCAGUACAUGGCAGGGACGUCCCCACCAACCGUCCUGUCCCUGGAGGAGCCGCUGGCCCGGAUCGGCGUGUACCUGGACUACAAGAGAGGUCUGGUGUCGUUCUACAACGCGGAGAGCAUGACACACCUGUACACCUUCAGGGAGACGUUCACAGAGACUCUGUACCCGUACUUCAACCUGGGAUUCCUGGACAAGGUGCACGAAAAUGAGCCUCUGAAAGUUUUCCUGCCAAAGAUUUAAAAACAAAUACCUUAAAGAAUCUGUGAUGUGUUAAUUUGCAGGUUCAAAGUUGGACUUCAGUACUUUAGGAAAGUUUCGGUCUUGUGUUCACAUUUCAUCCAAUGCCGUUUUUGACUAUUUCAGCUGUUUUCAGUUCUUCUCAGAGCACCCCUCCCAAAACACGGCUCUGUUAGUGACUGGUCAGCUGGAAAAAGCUGUGGAAUGUGGGGCAGCUGCUGGUUCUUGGUCUGAGCAGAGUAAAAACAGCUGCUUGGCAGACGCCGUGUAAAUGUGCAAUCACAGUGUUGUGGAUGAGGAAAUAUUUUCCACCAAGUGGUGUAAAUAACUGUUUGACACACAUAUUAUGCAUGAAGAUGAUUAUUAUUGUUAUGUUUUUUUUUAUUUCUGUGAAAAGAACUGUGAUAUUUUGACUUCUUAUGAUAGAUGGUGUGAUGGUUUUUUUUUUAUCCCUCAUGUGGAUCGAAAGCCUGAUGCAUUUUGAAUGGAAGAUCAGUUUGCACAAUAUUGUUAUAGUCUUGUAUUUGUUGUUUUUAUAUGUAAAAAGAAAAAAAAAAGUUAAAGGAAAUAAAAACAGUUUGUAUCCUGACACUGAA